AAGGUGGAGUGCCAUUAACCAAAUGUGGAGUGCACAUAUCAAUUGCCAACACCAUCAACUCAUCUCCUUUCUUUGCUUGUUCGCCAACGGUACCAGGGGGUCCGCCGGAAAACCUUGUCGGAUUCCUACCGGUAAAUUUGGUAUUCUCGAUCCAAUUGAGGUGAGUGAUUUAUCUCUCGUUAAAAUUAAUUCGUAGAUUAGGUUUCGUUAAUAUUUUUUCAAUCAACUGACGUUGGAUUUGCGAUUUUGAAUAUUGAAUAUGUUGAAUCGAAUUGGAAAAAUUGUUUUACUCUGUACCAUGCUCGUCUUCUAUCUCGACCCCAUCUACUCCCUUCUAUUCUACGCUGCCAUGUUUCCCGGUCGCCGGAGUUAGGAACACCGGCCGGAGGCUUCCCCUCUGCUCUGUACGUUGCUCUACUUCCGGGAUGUCGUGUAGCCGCUGAUGUUCUGCCGCUGAGCUUUGCCGCCUCUGCCUAUUGGAAUGCUACGGGAAAAAAAGGAAGAAAUACGCAGGGGCGACGGAUUUGGAUUUGGCCCCAUGCUUUCAAAUUGAUUAUAAUCUGGCCCAUUCAUGAUCCUCUAGACGAAGAUUUGGUAUGACAAGGAAGUAAUCUAAAUUUGAUAACUUGAGGACUUGUUAUAAUUAUAUGUUAUGAAAUAAUUCAGAUCUGGGUUGAAUUGUAUAUUGAAAAUCACAAAUAGGAUUGGGAUUUGAAAUUAAGGUUAUGCAGGUGACGUCGUACUAGGGGUGGACACGGUACCGUAAUAUAAUAUUUUAAUAUCAAAAAAAUAUAUAUUAAAAUGUCGAGGGAGUCCGGUAGACGGUCCGUGGAUAUGGGCGACGUCAACCGAAGAUUGAGUAAAGGCAAAGCUAAAUCCACCUCCGACGGUUCGACCUCACGCGGACACGGUUCUCGAGGAAGACACUCCGUCUCUUCGUUUCCUACUGUCCCAGAUCAUUUAAUCAGGGAUGCUAUGACGGAUGAAGAAUUCAACCAGAUUUAUUCUGGUAGAGGAGACACGAAUCUCCCCACUCUUGAUAGUCUAUUCGAGGAUGUUGAUGAAGCAGGACUGGAUAAUCUUGACGGGGACGAUGAGCCUACACCGCAAAGCAACGACGUCGACGUGGAGGCAGGUGAGCCCGAGACCUCUCGAGGUCCGGACAAAGGUAAGAAAAAAUAUAAAUCAGAAUUAUUUGUUUAUCAUUUUGACAAAGACACAAAAGAUGGCAUAGUUUAUGGAACUUGUAAACAUUGCGGGACCGUCAUAAAAAUGGGAGUUUCCGGCGGUUAUGGCGAUGGAAGUCCGAGUUCUGAAGAAUAAGUUAUAAAUUUUUUUUAUGUUAAUGUAAAUAUGUAAUUAAUUUUUUUAGGUGAGCGAUAUAUAAGCUCCUUCGAGGGUUUCUUUACGGUUCUUUACCUCGUCGCUUUUUUUGAACCGUCAGGAUAUUAAAUGUGGUUGUUCUUC